AUGAGUGUCGCUGGGACAUAUCAAACACUCUCCUCAGUUCAACGCGCUGUUCGUACGGCCUGGACCGAUCUUAAAUAUCACAGAACGUCAUGGCAAGACCUCUCCGAUGACGGCACGGGAGUCGCGAACAAGCUGCUGAAUCUUGUUUUGAAGAAAAAAUAUGCCCGUGAAACCACAGCGUGGACUCCAGGGUUGUCUGAAUUUGAGGGAGUUACGGAGGAAUAUGAGAAGAAGUUGGAGGAAGCAUUGAAGGCGCCCCUGGACGAGCUAAACGAGAUUAUCGUACGAUUGACGCAACUGCUAAGGAAGAUGCAAAUUCUCUACCUCCAACUCGAAACCUUGAUUGAUGAUACAUCGAAUAAUGUUGGAGAACGGUAUGCAUAUGAAACACCUCUAUUUAGAAGCCAAACACUCGAAGGACAUGUUGGCCUUUUCCGGAAGACGAUAGACAUGUAUGCGACGGAAUUGAGUCUCAAGCGACGAAUAGCAGAAUCCUUGCCGAAUCUACGCGAUCGACGAGAAGCUAUGUUUCAUUUGACUGCAUGGCUGCAGGAGCCGUACCUAGACCUCGAAGCCUUACGCGAAAUAGACGGUAUAUGGGAACUGGAGAGCUCAGUGGAGGGUGGUUCUUAG